ACCUAGCCAGUCAAAACUUAAACCUUAAUACUACGCAUUAUAUAUCUUUCGACAGCUGUAUAUAUAGUUAUAUAUUACCGGUCGUAUGUGCGUUCGUAGUUGACCUACUAAACUAUUUUUGCUAUAAAUUUUAUUAAAUAAAUUUUACUUUUAAUUAUUAAUACAAAAAGGUUCAUUGAAGAGCAAGAAUGCUUUUAAAAAAUUGUUGUUUGUGCAUAAGUUUAAGAGUAGGAGUUCUCGCGGCAUGUGUUUUCAGUAUUGUCGUGUCUAUUGUUGCGCUAUUAAGCGCGCCAAUCACCUAUGGCUAUGAUUGUCAGGGUGUGAAGCACACGGAUAACUACCCGACUUGCGAAUGGGCGGAUGUAAAAUUAGGGUUGACUGUUGUUAUUAGUAUAAUUAAUAUGAUGAUCAAAGCUCUUGUUAUUUGCGCAUCACAACAGAAUCUACACGAAUUAUUGCUAAAAACAAUUAUUAUAGACAUCUUUCUUUGGGGAGGUUGUAUAACAUAUAUCGUGUACUCGAUAGCUAUCAUUUUAUUGACAAAUCUAAAACAUCAACUACUUUGCCUUGCUGUUGUAGGUCCAAUUAUGGCACUUUGUACAUACAUGUGGAUAAUUUUCUUCAGCCGCUAUCAAGAAAUAAGAAAAUUGCAGUAUGGAAGUAAAAUGAAAAUACUAGAAACUUAAUUUAUAAAUAUAGUGUUCAUAAUUUUCUGAGUGACUUUAAAGACACCA